AUGGCAUCCAAUGAGGAAUUUCCUUCGCCAUCAGGGAAUCUACCACUUCAGUUAUCGUCUAAACGGAUUUCCAAAGCUCGUAAAUCCUGUUCCGGAGAUCACCGAAAUUGCAGUCCGGUUAGUAAAAAUCAUAUUGACGAUCCGGACGGUAUUAUUGUCACUCCUUCGAUUGAUAGUCGAGAACUUGAUCGCCUAAAGUUCACUAACCCAGGACUAUGGCAUCCAAUGAGGAAUUUCCUUCGCCAUCAGGGAAUCUACCACUUCAGUUAUCGUCUAAACGGAUUUCCAAAGCUCGUAAAUCCUGUUCCGGAGAUCACCGAAAUUGCAGUCCGGACUAUGGCAUCCAAUGAGGAAUUUCCUUCGCCAUCAGGGAAUCUACCACUUCAGUUAUCGUCUAAACGGAUUUCCAAAGCUCGUAAAUCCUGUUCCGGAGAUCACCGAAAUUGCAGUCCGGUUAGUAAAAAUCAUAUUGACGAUCCGGACGGUAUUAUUGUCACUCCUUCGAUUGAUAGUCGAGAACUUGAUCGCCUAAAGUUCACUAACCCAGGUAAACAGAUGGAAGAACUAGAAGUCGGUUGGUCCGAAGCAAAUAUGACACGAAGUGUUCGCAGACAAAUGACCGUUAAAUCUGGUCACAAAUCAUCAGAGUAA